CGAUAUGUGGCCGUGCGGUUCAAAGCGAAUCGUCGUUCCUGAUGAGGAUGUGGAAUCAAUUAUACUAGUGCAGUUUUGAGCGACUGCGUGUUGCUACUGCGAUUGACCUAUCGACGUUGGGUGUAUCCGAAUCCUAUAUCUCCACCAACUGCUCCCGUUUCGAGUGAUUUUGUCGUCCGUCGGCGCCUGAGCCCAAAGCAGCGGACUGGAACGAUCAAUCACCUCAGCGGGCUGACCAUUACAUCGGCAUCAUGAACCUUAAGCUGUGCCGAUGAUAAGGUCCCACGUUGAAAAAUUAAAUGGGACCAAGCCCUUUCUCUGUCACCACCAUGAUAACGAGGAUUCCAAAGACGGUUGCGAUGGUCUUUUUGUGGCUUUACGUUCUAAAGCGACUAUGUGCUUCGUUCUUCAAUGCUGAACGUUCACGGGAGUGGAAGAGAGUAUGCUUUGGUGCAGCGGUUCGAUAUCUAGUCGACCAUGGCUUCAAGACGCCGUCCUCUAUCGACGCGUAUAUGAAAUGGAUUAAGUCAGUUAAUAUGACUCCAGUGGUAGAUGAACUUCCUGAUGGCGCGAACUUGUUGUGGAUUGGACCCAGGCGUUUGGAUAAGGUUUUGUUCUACUGCCACGGCGGGGCGUACCAAGUUGGCUGUACCGGUACCCAUAUGGCUUUUUGUAGACACUUGCAAUUAGAGCUCGAGAAGCGCGGCAUCUUUGUUGGGGUAGUGAUUUUGGCUUAUAAGCUGUUGCCGGAGAAUCCGUUUCCUAUUCCACUCCGGGAAGCCCGAGAAGCCCUACAGUUCCUUCUAGCAGCCGGUGUACUCCCCGAGAAUAUCGUUAUGUCCGGGGAUUCCGCUGGAGGCAAUCUCACGCUGUCAUUGCUAUCGCACAUUCUUCAUCGUCACCCCUCCGUCGAACCGCCUUUCGGCCUCCCACACAAUGCGCGGUUCCGUGGGCUAUGUCUCAUAUCCCCUUGGGUGUCAAUGAAGAGCGACUCACAAUGCGACCUGGGUGCAAUGAGAGUUCGGUACAAAUAUGAUGUCAUCUCUGCGAAGAUAGGUCGCCCUGCGUGCGAAACCAUCGUCAAAGAUGUUCCCGAUUCCGAGAUCGCGUUUUUGGAUCCCCUCGAAGGACCUGAGAAUUGGUUCGCGGGAUUGGAUGGGCUCGUGGGGAGGGUCUUGAUCUCGUGUGGCGAGUUGGAAUGUAUUUUGCAAGGGAUCAAGAAGCUGCACGAGAAGUAUCUCCUCCCGGUGCAUGAGAACAUCGAGUUUCUGGAGCAGGAGAAUCGGCUACAUAUUGAGCCCAUCCUGGAUUUUGCUUGGAAGAAGGAUCCGGGCGAGAAGAGGAUCGUAGAAUGGUUUGCUUCUACCUUCAGUGCCGCGCCUUGAGACUCGGCGGAAUUGUGGCUAUCCGGAGAGUGCCGAUGGCAAGAAUAAAAGAGGAAAACAAAAAUUCUUCCUUUGUUUCUUAUCCUU